AUGCUUCACCUUGGUUCGCCUUUGCCUUCCUCUCAUGCGUGCUGGGCGUAUGCGGUGGUGGCGAGUGUGGAGGCGGCAUACGGCAUUGCAAAGAAUCAGAGCGCUCCCUGGCUGGCAGUGGAGGCGCUCUUCGCCCUCAUGGGGCUCUCCAACUCCGACAAGUGCUCCGCUGGCGGCUCCCCCACGGAAGCAUUCGAGAAGCUCGUGGCUCUCGAUGCCACCAGUGGGCUCCCAGGGGACAGCGACCCGGUAGGGCCAACAGCACGAGGUCGUGGUAUGGUAACAAGGUACCCGGUGCAGGCGUUUGAGCGAGCGCAGUUCAAGGGGUAUGUGGGGCUCGUGCUGGCAGUGCAGAGGCAGCCAGUGGUGGUUCACAUCGAGGUGUCUCAAUCCUUCAUGCAGUAUGAUGGGGUGGGUCGCUGCAACUCUCAUGCAAUAUCAUGCCCACCGUGUAGUGUGGUCCCUGUGUUGAGGGUCAUCACCUAG